AUGGACAACAAGCACGUCGUCGGAAUCCUCGGUGGGGGACAAUUGGGCCGCAUGCUGGUCGAAGCCGCCAACCGCCUCAACCUCCCCAUCCUCGUCCUCGACGCCGCCAACAAUCCCGCCGUCGACCUCUGCGCAACGACUCCCGGCCACGUCACAGGCUCCUUUCGUGACCCAGCCUCCAUCGCCACGCUCGCCGCCAAAUGCUCCGUCCUGACAGUCGAGAUCGAGCACGUCGACGCCGACGCUCUCGAGAAGGCCGCCGCCGAACACGGGUGUGCAGUCCACCCAAGUCCGGAGGUUAUUCGCAUCAUCCAGGACAAGUAUGCCCAGAAGCGCCACUUGGAGAAAUUCGACGUCCCGCUGGCGGAGUACAGGGAUCUGGAACCCGGGGCUGAGGCGGAGGGCAUCAAGUCCAGUGGGUUUGGAUACCCCGUCAUGCUGAAGACCAAGACCGGCGCGUACGAUGGACGAGGGAACCGUGUGGUGAAGAGCGAGGCGGAUGUGGCGGAUGGUGUGGAAUCCCUGGGUGGCGGCAAGGCGAAAGGCGGGCCGGCCCUGUACAUUGAGAAGAUGGUACCCUUCGUCAAAGAGGUCGCGGUGAUGGUUGCGCGGAACUCGAAGGGAGAGGUGGUCAGCUAUACGUGCGUCGAGACGAUUCAAAAGGACAACAUCUGCCACGUCGUAAUCGCACCGGCGCGCAUCGACGGUCUGAUCGGGCAGCGGGCGCGCCGGAUCGCGGAGAAGGCCGUGGAGGGUCUCAGCGGCGUCGGGAUCUUUGGCGUCGAGAUGUUCCUCCUGGCCGACGGCCGCAUCCUGCUGAACGAGAUGGCGCCCCGCCCGCACAACUCCGGGCACUACGCAACUGAGGCAUGCCAUACCUCUCAGUUCGAACAGCAUCUGAGAUGUAUCCUCGGCAUGCCGCUCGGAUCCGCCGAGUUGAAGGUCCCUGCGGCUGGGAUGGUCAACAUCCUCGGCGUCGGGUCGGGCGAUCAGGGUAUGCAUGACACCCUGCAACCGUGCGGCCGCUCAUUAGCGGUUCCAGGCGCCACUAUCCACCUCUACGGCAAGAAAGAGUGCCGCGCCGGCCGGAAGAUGGGCCACGUCACCGUCGUCGCGGAUACCAUGCGCACCCUCUUAUCCCGUCUAGAAGAAAUCCUCGGCGAAACCUCCCUCACAGCCCCGCAACAACCCACAUUCACAAGCACACGAACAACCACCACCACAUCCGCAACCCCUGCCACCACACCCACCCCACCACCCUCAACAACAACCCAAACCGCCCAAGUUGGCAUCAUAAUGGGCUCCGACUCAGACCUCCCCACCCUCAAACCCGCCGCCGCCAUCCUCCGCCAGUUCAACAUCCCCUUCGAAGUUACCAUCGUCUCCGCCCACCGCACCCCCGCCCGCUUGCACGAGUACGCCCAGCAGGCCCACCUCCGCGGACUGAAAGUGAUCAUUGCGGCGGCGGGAGGUGCCGCCCAUCUGCCGGGGAUGGUUGCGGCUGUUACACCGUUGCCGGUCGUGGGCGUACCCGUGGCGUUGAAGGUGUUGGAUGGGAUGGAUUCUUUGUUGAGUAUUGUGCAGAUGCCGCGCGGCGUCCCCGUAGCAACAGUAGCAAUCAACAACGCCGUCAACGCCGCCCUCCUCGCCAUCCGCAUCCUCGGCGCCUCCGUCCCCGAAUACCGCGACGCGAUGGCCGCCUACCUCGCCGCCCAGGAAUCCGAGGUACUCAAGAAGGUAGAUACGUUGGAGAGUGUCGGGUGGGAGGCGUAUGGCGAGAAGUAA